AACCCGCCGGUCAUUGAACGCCAUGUCAAAUAAUAUGCAAUACCGGGGGUAAUGUUAUACCGAGAAGGAAGCGAACCUCCAAAGAAAUUACUCGAUCUCAACUUCAACCUCUGUUCCAACUCUAGAGUCGAAACUAAAUCUGUUCCGCAAUCUAGUGUCGCGCUUUCAUCAUGGAGGGCUCAAUCCAGCCAGCCCUCAAGACCCUCAUCUACGACAACGCGCGGACAUCCAAGUCCCUUUUCGCCUCUGUUGACGGGGACAUAGCACGGAAACGACAAAAACUCACCAUAGAUGCCGACCUCGAACGCGAGGCACUGUCCGUCCGUCUACACGCCGAGUAUGCCGACCUCAAAGAGCUCCCGCCUGUGCUGGCGCAAAAACAAACGAGUGCCAUGAAUGCGCGAAAGAAUCUUAAGAAGGGCAAAGCACCAGUAACCAAUGGUGUCGUAGCCGCAGGAUCAGAGGAGCAGAAGACACAGAAGCUGAUCGAGGGCAUCGCGGAGAAGGUAGCACCUAGUGGAACUGGCAUUUCGACAGCCCUGGUACGGAGGGACAAGAGCACGCCGUUCGCUUCGACAGCGAGGGGAGACAGUACUACCGCGCAGACCCUGAGCGUAGCGCGUGCGCAGGCGACGCAUCAGGUCAAACCGGACUGGCACCCACCGUGGAAGCUGAUGAGGGUCAUUUCGGGGCAUCUGGGGUGGGUGCGGGCUCUAGCUGUCGAGCCAAACAACCAGUGGUUUGCCAGUGGAGCGGGAGACCGGACGAUCAAGAUCUGGGAUCUAGCCACGGGCGGACUCAAACUGACUCUCACCGGGCACAUAUCAUGCGUGCGAGGUCUCGCCAUUUCCCCUCGCCAUCCUUACCUCUUCUCCUGCGGCGAAGACAAAAUGGUCAAGUGCUGGGACUUGGAAACCAACAAAGUGAUCCGACACUACCAUGGCCACCUCAGCGGCGUGUACACGCUAUCGCUACAUCCGACGCUCGACGUUCUUGUAACCGGCGGCCGCGAUGGCGUCGCCCGCGUCUGGGACAUGCGCACCAAGAGCAACAUUCACGUGCUCUCGGGUCACAAGGGCACCGUCGCCGACGUGCGAUGUCAGGCCGCUGACCCGCAGGUCAUCACUGCCUCGCUCGAUUCGACGGUGCGGCUGUGGGAUCUGGCGGCGGGGAAGACCAUGGGCGUGUUGACGCACCACAAAAAGGGCGUCAGGGCGCUGGCUUUGCACCCGAGCGAGUUUACUUUUGCGACGGGGAGCACGGGGAGUAUAAAGCAGUGGAAGUGUCCCGAGGGCGCAUUUAUGCAGAACUUUGACGGGCAUAACUCGAUUAUUAACUCGUUGGCUGCUAAUGAGGAUACGUUGUUUUCGGGAGGUGAUAAUGGGUCCAUGAGUUUCUGGGAUUGGAAGUCCGGGCAUCGGUACCAGAGUCUGGACUCAAUCGCGCAGCCGGGAUCGCUGGAUGCGGAGGCGGGUAUCAUGAGCUCGACGUUCGAUCAGACGGGGAUGCGGCUCAUUGUCGGAGAGGCGGAUAAGACCAUCAAGAUUUGGAAGCCGGAUGAUUCGGCGACGGAGGAGACGCAUCCGUUGGAAUGGAAGCCCAGCUUGGGGAGGCAGAAGUAUUAGGGGGAAGUUUGGGUGCACCCGCGGCAGUGGGCGAAGGCGGCAUAUCUUGCAGAGAAAGAGGCCAGAAGAGGAAAGAA